UUAAGUAAAAGGACAGGAAGAGAAAUAUUCCUGUUCAUGACAUCCUUUUUCUCAAACACUUGGCCAUUUGUAAGUCUUCCAUUCUCAUCAAUAACAAGUAUGGGAUAUGGCAACUGUGAAGUUGCAGUAUCUCUUCUUCUGUUUCUAUCAUGUUCCUGUUCAUUUUAUGGUGAUGCAGGAGAUACCAUCACUCCUUCUCAACCCAUCAAAGAUCCAGAAGCUAUAGUCUCUGCCGGCAAUAAGUUCGAACUAGGAUUUUUCAGCCCAGUUAAUUCAACAUAUCGAUAUAUCGGAAUAUGGUAUAGUAAUAUAUCAGCAGAAACUCAAGUACUAUGGGUGGCCAACAGAAACAACCCAAUCAACGAUUCUUCUGGGAUGAUGACAAUAUCUGAAGAUGGAAAUCUUGUGGUUUUGAAUGGUCAGGGAGGGGUUCUGUGGUCAUCAGAUGUUUCAAAUGGGUUCAAUCAAUCAACUGCACAGCUUACUGAUGAUGGAAACCUUGUCUUGAAAGCUGGACAGAGUGGAAACCUUAUAUGGCAAAGUUUCCUGCAUCCUACGGAUACUUGCUCACCAAAGAUGAGACUUAGUGCUAACGCAAGAACAGGGAACAAGACACUGCUAACGUCCUGGAGAAGCUCAUCUGAUCCUUCUGUUGGAAACUUCUCUGCUGGUAUCAAUCCAUUAGGAAUUCCUGAGUUCUUCAUCUGGUACAAUGGUCAUCCAUUUUGGCGUAGCGGUCCAUGGGGUGGCCAGAAGUUUAUUGGAAUACCAGGAAUGUCUACUUCUGUCUAUCUAAGUGGAGUUACUCUACAAAAUGAAGGAGAUGGCACUUUCACUCUGAGUUCAACUGAAGACCCAGCUUACCGUUUAAUAUAUGUUUUGACUUCUCAUGGAAGGCUUACAGAACAAUACUGGGAUUAUGAGAAGGGAGGUUGGGAGUAUACCUGGGAAGCUCCAUCAACAGAGUGUGAUAUUUAUGGCAAGUGCGGACCAUUUGGAAGCUGCGAUGCACAGAAUUCACCUAUCUGCACAUGUUUAAAAGGGUUUGUAGCAAAAAAUCAAGAUGAAUGGAACAAAGGAAUCUGGAAUAGCGGUUGUGUUAGGAUGGCAUCGUUGCAGUGUGAUAGAAUACAGAAUGGUAGUGAAGUGGGAAAAGAAGAUGGGUUUAAGAAGCUGGAGAUAAUGAAGGUGCCAACCUUUGCCGAUUACUGGCCAUAUCCGUCCUCCGAACAAGAAUGCAAAGAUGAGUGCUUGAAGAAUUGUUCCUGUGUCGCUUAUUCAUAUUAUAGCGGUUUUGGCUGUAUGGCAUGGACAGGAAGCUUGAUUGAUAUACAGAUGUUCUCUGAAGGAGGGACAGAUCUUAACAUUAGACUGGCGUAUACAGAACUUGAUAACAAGAGAAACAUGAAAGUAAUCAUCAGUAUGUCAGUGAUUGUAGGAGCCAUAGCUAUCUGCAUCUGUGUGUUUUUUUCUUGGAAGUGGAUGGCUACACAUAGAGAAAGGAAUUUGAUAAGUGCGGAGACCUUAUCGUCAGAAGCUCAAGAAACAGUUUUUGAUGGAAACUUGCCCGAAAACAUCAGGGAAGCUAAACUUGAACCAUUCUUCAAAUUACAAAUUCUUGAAACCGCUACAAACAACUUUGACAUAUCCAUGAAGCUUGGGCAGGGCGGCUUUGGUGCAGUAUACAGCGGAAAAUUGCCAGAUGGACAGGAAAUAGCUGUGAAAAGACUUUCUAGAACAUCUGGUCAAGGGCUCGAAGAGUUUAUGAAUGAAGUCGCGGUGAUUUCUAAACUCCAACACAGGAAUCUUGUGAGACUUCUUGGUUGCUGUGUUGAAGGAGAAGAGAUGAUGUUGGUUUAUGAGUACAUGCCGAAUACAAGCUUGGAUGCAUUUCUCUUUGAUGCACUCAGGAAAGGACAACUAGAUUGGAAAAGGCGCUUCCACAUUAUUAAUGGAAUUUGUCGAGGUCUUCUUUACCUUCACAGAGAUUCUAGACUAAGAAUUAUUCAUAGAGAUCUGAAGCCAAGUAACAUCUUAUUGGACCACGAGCUGAAUCCAAAAAUUUCAGACUUUGGAAUAGCCAGGAUUUCUGGCGGCAAUGAAGUGAAUACUACCAGGGUUGUAGGAACCAUUGGCUUUAUGUCCCCUGAAUAUUUAAUGGAAGGAAGAUUUUCAGAGAAAUCAGAUGUGUUUAGCUUUGGAGUUUUGUUGCUGGAGAUCGUGAGCGGGAGAAGAAACGCUCAUUUUUAUAGCAAUGAGCAUGCUUUGAGUCUUGUAGGAUUUGCUUGGAAACUGUGGAAUGAAGGUGACAUUGCAGCUUUGGUCGAUCCUACAAUAUCAGAUCCAUGUUUUCAGGUGGAGAUAUUCCGAUGCAUGCAUGUUUGUCUGCUGUGUGUGCAAGAAUUGGCGAAAGAUAGACCGGCCGUGUCAACUAUCAUUUCCAUGCUAAAUAGUGAAAUUGUGGAUCUUCCCACUCCAAAGAAACCAGCAUUUGUUGAAAGGCAGAGUUCCUCGGGUACAGAGUCCUUUCCUCAGAGCCAGAAGAUAAAUUCCAUUAACAAUGUGACAAUUUCUGAUCUUAAAGUUUAUGGUUAUGCAGUAGAUGCCAUCACUCUUCUCAACCCGCCAAAGAUCCAGAAACUAGAGUACCUGCCAUUUUCGGAGAAAUCAGAUGUCUUCAGCUUUGGGGUUUUAGAGAUUGUAAGCGGUAGAAGAAAUGCUACUUUCUAUUGGAAUGAGCAAGCCUUGAGUCUUUUAGGAUUUGCAUGGAAAUUAUGGAAUGAAGGCAACAUUUCAGCUCUAGUAGAUCCCGUAAUAUCCGAUCGAAGUUCACAGAAGGAAAUAUUUAGAUGCGUACAUGUUGGCCUACUGCGUGUUCAAGAGCUUCCAGAAGAUAGACCAACAGCAUUUACUGUCAUUUCAAUGCUGAAUAGUGAGAUUUCUUCUGUUUCAACUCCAAUGCUGAAUCCGAAAAUCCGACAUGCCUCUCGAAGAGUAAUAUGGGCUGUUCAAGCCUCUUUCUUACAAAAGUCCCAAUAUAGGAAGUUUGAAUGGAUUUGGGAAGGAUAUAGGAUUAAUGCAAUCUGUGCGAAAACUGACACUAAAUUAGAAGUUAUGGGAAUUGGCAGAGUCAAAAUUUCAAUAGCUCUUCUUCUUAGUAUCUUCUCUUUGUGUAGAGAUUACAGUGCCAUAGAUACCAUCACAUCAACUCAAAUCCUCAAGGAUCCAGAGGCUAUAGUCUCUUACGGCAGUAUCUACAAACUGGGAUUUUUCAGCCUUGUCAAUUCUACCAAUCGGUAUGUAGGAAUUUGGUUUAAUGAAAUUCCUGUGGUGACUGCCUUAUGGGUUGCUAAUAGAAACAAACCUCUCAAUGACUCAUCUGGAAUUUUGACCAUAUCCGAAGAUGGAAAUCUUGUAGUUUUGAAUGGGCAGCAAGAGAUUCUCUGGUCAAGUAACGUUUCAAACUCUGUUUCAAAUUCAAGUGCACAGCUCUCUGACACUGGAAACCUUGUUUUGCGAGAUAACAACGGAGAAAUCAAGUGGGAGAGCUUCCAACAUCCUUCCGAUACAUUCUUUUCCAAUAUGAAAUUAAGUGCCAAUAAAAGAACGGGUGAGAAGAUUCUUAUAACAUCGUGGAAAAGCCCUACUGAUCCAUCCAUUGGAAGCUUCACUGCUGGUCUAAAUAAUCUAGGCAUACCUGAGAUGUUCAUAUGGAAGGAUAAUUAUCCAUAUUUUCGGAGUGGUCCAUGGAGCCGUCAGGUCUUUAUUGGAGUUCCUCAUAUGAAUUUUGCAACUGUUUAUGGGCUCAAUCUAGUAGAUGAUGGUGAAGGUAUUAUUUAUCUAACUUUCACUUACGCUAAUCACUCCUUGUCGAGCUUUGUGUUGACUUCAGAAGGGCAAAUGGAGGAAACACGUUGGGAGGAUGGCAUGGAGGAUAGGACUGUUCUAUGGAGUAUUCCACAAUCGGAAUGUGAAUUGUACGGCAAAUGUGGGCCUUUCGGAAACUGUAAUUCACGGAAAUCACCUAUUUGCAACUGUUUAAGAGGGUUCCAGCCAAAAAACCCAGAAGAAUGGUAUAAAGGGAACUGGACUAGUGGUUGUGUCAGGAGGAAAUCAUUGCAGUGUGAGAGACUAAAUAAUGGGAGUGAAGCUGCAGGAAAGAAUGAUGGCCUUUUGAAGCUAGGUAAUAUGAAGGUGCCGGACUUUGCUCAAUGGUCUCCUUCGGAUGAAAAUGAAUGCCGAAACAAGUGCUUGACAAAUUGUUCAUGCAUAGCUUAUGCAUAUUAUUCUGGUAUUGGAUGUAUGUCAUGGAGUGGAGAUCUAAUUGAUCUACAGGAGUUUUCCACAGAUGGGGCUGAUCUUUACAUCCGCUUGGAGUAUUCAGAAUUAGCAGAUGGAAACAGUAGACAAAAAGUCAUUGUCAUUCUAACUGCUAUUAUAGGAACAAUCAGCAUGGCCAUGAUCUGUGCUUUUUUGAUAUGGAGGCUCAUGUCUAAACAUAGAGCGAGAAAGGAAAGGGGUGAGAAGUUGCGUUCUGAUAAGAACUUAACACAUCGAACUUUUUUUGAUGGGAACAUGCCUGGAGACAGCAUGGACCAAGUUAAACUCCAGGAACUACCUAUUUUCAGCUUAGAGAGGCUGACUUCCGCAACAGACAACUUUGAUGCAUCGAAUAAGCUCGGUCAGGGUGGUUUUGGUCCGGUGUACAAGGGAAAAUUGCCAGAUGGACAGGACAUAGCUGUGAAAAGACUGUCAAGAGCAUCUGGGCAAGGGCUUGCAGAAUUUAUGAAUGAGGUUGUUGUGAUCUCUAAACUUCAGCAUCGAAACCUCGUGAGGCUGCUGGGUUGCUGUGUUGAAGGAGACGAAAAGACGCUGGUCUACGAGUAUAUGCCGAACAACAGUUUGGAUGCAAUUCUUUUUGAUCCACUGAGGCAAGAAUCUCUAGAUUGGAAAAAACGAUUCAGCAUCAUUGAGGGAGUUUGUCGAGGUCUCCUUUAUCUUCACAGGGAUUCAAGACUACGAAUUAUUCAUCGAGAUCUGAAGGCAAGCAACAUUUUGUUGGACCAAGAACUCAAGCCAAAAAUCUCAGAUUUUGGAAUGGCUAGGAUAUUUGGUGGCAAUGAAGAUCAAGCCAAUACUAGAAGGGUAGUUGGAACCUUUGGCUAUAUGGCUCCUGAAUAUGCAAUGGAGGGUAGAUUUUCGGAGAAAUCAGAUGUCUUCAGCAUUGGAGUUUUAUUAUUGGAGGUUGUAAGCGGGAGAAGAAAUACUAGUUUCUAUGGGAAUGAGCAAGCCUUGAGUCUCUUAGGAUUUGCAUGGAAAUUAUGGAAUGAAGGCAACAUUUCAGCUCUAGUAGAUCCAGUAAUAUCCGAUCCGAGUUCACAGGCGGAAAUAUAUAGAUGCAUACAUGUUGGCCUGUUGUGUGUUCAAGAGUUCCCAGAAGAUAGACCAACUGCUUCUACUGUCAUUUCAAUGCUGAAUAGUGAAAUUUCUCAUCUUCCAACUCCAAUGCAGCCGCCAUUUGCUGAAAGGAGACACCACUUGAAUGAAGAGAUAUUACUUCAUCAAAGUCAUCAACAAUAUUCCAUUAAUAAUGUGACACUCACAGGUGUUGAUGGCAGAUAAUGCAAGUUCAUUCUGGAAAAAUUUUAAGCUUCAUGGGCCGGAGUGAAACCUUGAGAAAGCUGUGAGUGUUUUAACUAUAGUUUCACUGAUUCUGAUAGCUUGCACACUGGUUUUCUCUUUUCAACGAAAUUUUCCACCUCUUUAGUUGUUUUGAAGCAUUGAUUGCUUUGAAAUUAGAUGAGAAUCAUAUAGCAAGGGUGUAUUUGAAGUUUUGUGAAUUUUAAAAUAUGAAGCAGAGGUCGCCUCAUUCAUCUUAAUUUUUUUUUAA